CUGGAGCAACACAAGCUGACCAAGGAGCAGUGGGAGGACAGGAUACAGACUUGGCAUGAAGAACACAGAGGAAUGCUCAGAGAGGACUCGAUGAUGGAGUAUCUUAAAAUCGCCCAGGACCUGGAGAUGUACGGUGUCAACUACUUUGAGAUUAAAAACAAGAAGGGCACACAGCUGUGGUUGGGUGUGGAUGCUCUAGGCCUCAACAUCUAUGAACAUGAAGACAAGUUGACACCAAAGAUCGGCUUCCCCUGGAGCGAGAUUCGAAACAUCUCUUUCAAUGACAAGAAGUUCGUCAUCAAACCUAUUGACAAGAAAGCGCCUGACUUUGUGUUUUAUGCCCCACGACUGCGCAUCAACAAACGAAUCUUGGCGUUGUGUAUGGGAAACCACGAGUUGUACAUGAGGAGGAGAAAGCCCGACACCAUCGAGGUGCAACAGAUGAAGGCUCAGGCCCGGGAGGAGAAGCACCACAAACAAAUGGAGAGGGCCCAGCUGGAGAAUGAGAAAAAGAAGCGAGAGCAUGCGGAGAAAGAAAAGGAAAGGAUAGAGCGUGAGAAAGAUGAGCUCAUGGAGCGUCUAAGACAGAUUGAACAGCAGACGAUGAGAGCUCAGAAAGAGCUCGAGGAGCAGACUCGCAGGGCCUUAGAGCUGGAGCAGGAGAGAAAGAGAGCGAGGGAGGAGGCGGAGAGGCUGGAGAGAGAGAGGACAAUGGCCGAGGAGGCGAAGGGGGAGCUGGCGAAACAGGCCGCAGACCAGCUGAAGAACCAGGAGCAACUGGCUGCUGAACUGGCAGAAUUCACAGCCAAGAUCGCUCUCCUGGAAGAUGCCAAGAGGAAGAAAGAAGAUGAGGCCACAGAAUGGCAGCACAAGGCUCUCUCAGCCCAGGAUGACUUGGAGAAGACCAAGGAGGAGCUAAAGACGGCAAUGACAAUUGUGCCGGCACCUCCAGGUGGCAAUGCCGAGAGCGAGCACGACGAGCAGGACGAGAACCACGCAGAGGCCAGCGCUGAGCUGUCCAACGAGGGCGUCAGCCAGUUCGACCUCCGCAGCGAAGAGGCGCGCGUCACCGAAGCCCAGAAGAACGAGAGGGUGAAGCAGCAGCUGCAGACAUUAAGUUCAGAGUUGGCCGAGGCCAGAGACGAAACCAAGAAGACACAGAACGACGUGCUGCACGCCGAGAAUGUGAAAGCCGGCCGAGACAAAUACAAAACGCUGCGCCAGAUCCGACAGGGCAACACGAAGCAGCGCAUUGACGAGUUUGAGUCCAUGUGAGGACGGCACCUCUCCCCCCCCCCCGCCCGCUUUCCCCUCAGGGGUACGUGUUCCCGAACUUUCCCCUCGGCGGCUGCUCGAUUUUUACAUGGACAACAGAUGCUGCCGUCCCCUCAACGCCCUCAAGCAAUAUUGAGAAAUUAUCUUUAUCUGUCAAACUUUGCCAAAGUCCUGUCUCACAUCUCCACUCUGAAAGUUUGUACAUCUCGGUGAUGCAGAGCUGCUCACGCGGCUUUGAACAAACACACCGUCGAACUGCAGAGGUCUGUAUCUGUAAUCCGUUAUCACAGGGGAAAAAAGAAACUGUAAAACCAAAAUGGAAGCGAUUGGAAGUUUUAUUUUGAGUAAACAGGGCCAUAGAAAGCUACUUUAUUUUGCCUAACGACUUGUAUGCAAAGCUUUAGAAUGAAUCCAUACUUUGAGUUAAAAAUGUCCUGUCCUUGUUUUAAGUUCUUGUCCUCUAUUUUGUUUGACUCGUUUUAUCAAUGACGCCCUUUCUUUCAGUUGUCUGUCCAACACAAUGAGGAGUUUGGGAAUAAAUGAGGUCACAGUUUUCAUGCAUGUUACAUCAGGUCACAUUUCACAUAUUAAAUAUGCUUAUACACUUAGUCCCUGUUAGCUAAGCUGACAUUG